UCUAGAUUCGUACUGUGCAAAGUGAACUAAACGCAGAAGAAAAAGACGAGAGGACGAAUCCAGAGUGAGAGAGAGAGCUUUUCGUAUUCUUCUUGUUAAUCAGGAAAGAUUUUACCGUUUCUCGUCAGUUUCAACUUUCAAAUCCAAAAGAAUGUCUGGAUCUGAAAUUUGAAUCCAAUGCCAACAUCGAGCGGUUUCGAAUCUCUGGGAAGACGAAGCGUGUAGGUCAGGGAAAACAAGUGCUGCUUAAGAUUACGUUGAAGAGAAGCAAGUUUCGUCGAAUCGGCUCGUUUUUGAAAUCUGCAAUUUCCGAAGGCUGAAGUUAGUUUUGGUGACGAUGGAGUCGCGGAUGGAUCAGUACGAGAUCAUGGAGCAGAUCGGCCGUGGUGCGUUUGGCGCCGCCAUUCUCGUUCAUCACAAGGCCGAGAAGAAGAAGUAUGUUCUGAAGAAGAUCAGAUUAGCUAGACAAACGGAACGUUGCCGGAGAUCUGCUCAUCAAGAGAUGGCUUUAAUUGCGAGGGUUCAGCAUCCUUACAUCGUGGAGUUUAAAGAAGCUUGGGUUGAGAAAGGUUGCUAUGUUUGUAUUGUCACUGGAUACUGUGAAGGAGGAGACAUGGCCGAGUUGAUGAAAAAGUCAAAUGGUGUGUAUUUUCCUGAGGAGAAACUCUGCAAGUGGUUUACUCAAUUGUUGUUAGCUGUUGAGUAUCUUCAUUCUAACUAUGUUCUACAUCGUGAUCUAAAGUGUUCUAACAUUUUCCUUACAAAAGACGACGUCCGUCUUGGGGACUUUGGUCUCGCCAAAACUUUGAAGGCAGAUGACCUAACAUCCUCGGUUGUUGGAACUCCAAACUACAUGUGCCCGGAACUGCUUGCUGAUAUCCCUUAUGGUUUUAAAUCAGAUAUCUGGUCCCUAGGCUGUUGUAUAUAUGAGAUGGCUGCAUAUCGGCCUGCUUUCAAAGCUUUUGAUAUGGCAGGGCUUAUAAGCAAGGUUAAUCGCUCCUCAAUUGGUCCGUUGCCUUCAUGCUAUUCACCAUCUUUAAAAGCACUCAUCAAAGGGAUGCUAAGGAAGAACCCCGAGUAUCGGCCUAGCGCUUCCGAGAUUUUGAAGCAUCCUUAUUUGCAGCCAUAUGUUGAGCAGUACCGUCCAGCCAUAUCUGCAGCGUCUUUAACUCCAGAAAAGCCUCUCAAUUCUCGUGAGGGACGGAGGAGUAUGGCAGAAAGCCAGAACAGCAAUAGUUCAAGCGAAAGAGAUAACUUCUACGUGGGUGACAAAAAUAACCGACCUGUGGUUCCAAAUAAUGGUAAUAAAGUCACUGAGACCGAUUCAAUUUCUGUCGAUGAAGAAGACAUCCUUGACCAUGCGCAACAACCAGCUGAAAAUGAAAACGUGCAUAGUGUUUCAGCAACGAAAACAGAUACCCAUGGGAUUUUAAAGCCCUCUCACAGUGACCAUCGACCAGACAUUAUUCAACCAAGGCACCCAAAAACCAUCAGAAACAUCAUGAUGGUUUUGAAAGAAGAGAAAGCUAGAGAAAAUGGUUCACCCAUGAGAGCUAAUCGAGGGAGAACAUCUGUUGUUCCGUCACAGAAGAAUAAUAAUAUUGAAACUCCUUCAAAGAUUCCCAAACUCAGUGACAUUGCUCAUAGCUCCAAGACUAAUGCAAACACUCCAAUCCCACCGUCAAAGCUAGCCUCUGAUUCCGCAAGGACUCCAGGAUCAAUACCACCGAAGCAUCACGUGCCAGUGAUUGACUCUUCUCCAAAACUGAAGCCUAGAAACGACAGAAUCCCCCUUGCUCCUGCUGCUAAACACGAGGCCGAAGAAGCAAUGUCAGCUAAGCGAAGGCAAAGAACACCUCCUACAUUACCAAGAAGAACGUCUUUGGCAGCGCAAUCGAGACAAUUAGUUGCGGAUACUCCAAAUAUGGUGGCCAAGGAAACCAUGAAGCUAUAUCCAUCUCAGCCGUCAGAGCCUGAAACUAAUUCUCAUCCGUCUCGUGUCCAUGCUUCCACCACGAUUACGCCGGAGCCAAAGAGAAACUCUGUCGGAUCUUGCAAAGGAAUGCAGAGUGAAAGCAGCAACUCAAUCUCGUCUUCGUUGUCCAUGCAGGCAUUUGAGCUCUGUGAUGAUGCUUCCACCCCAUAUAUCGACAUGACGGAACAUACUACUGACCACAGAAUGUCCUGUCACAGUGAAUACUCGUCUUCCUUUCCAGAUAUCUCCUCGGAGAUGAUGAUCCGCAGAGAAGAACACAACACCAGUAUGCGGCUGGCUGAAAUUCUCGACACUGUUUCCGUUCUCCAAAACAACAUUUCCAAUCACCAGCCAGAACGAAGCUCUCCAACCGUGCCUAAAGAAGAUAACCCUGCAACAUUACAAUGCUAUGAGCCAAACGCAUCGCAACGACAACACGGUGAUGACAAAUUCACAGUCAAAGAAUCUGUCUCCCCUUUGCCUGCUGAACCUUCUCACCAAAUUAGUUCCCACUCGGAUAACAAAACAACUGUUAUCUCUCAGAACUCAACUCUCGAGAAGAACAACAAUCCUUCCCAUCAUCAUCCGGUGGUUGAUGAUGUCAUACAUGUUAUCCGCCACAGCAGUUUCCGAGUAGGGAGCGACCAGCCGGUCAUGGAAAGCGUGGAAGUCGGUGUCCAAAACGUUGAUGUCGGGAAACUCAUAAACGUUGUGAAAGAUGAACUUGAAGUGAGGAAAGUAGCCACUCCCUCUGAAUCAACCCCAACAAGAUCGAUCGUCUCAGAGCCUUCUGACUCAAGAACCGUGACACAUCCUGAAGAACCAGACCCGAUAACCAAUUACUCAGAAACCAAGAGCUUUAACUCAUGCUCUGAUUCGUCACCCGCUGAGACAAGACCCAACUCAUUCAUGCCUGAAGAGGAAAUAACUCCGGCUCCUGCUGUGAAAGAGACGUUGGACAUCAAGUCGUUUAGACAGAGAGCAGAGGCACUUGAAGGUCUAUUGGAACUAUCAGCGGAUUUGCUGGAACAGAGCAGGCUCGAAGAGCUAGCCAUCGUGUUGCAGCCGUUUGGGAAGAACAAAGUUUCGCCUAGAGAAACCGCUAUUUGGUUGGCCAAGAGUUUGAAAGGAAUGAUGAUUGAAGACAUCAAUAAUAAUAACAACAGUGGUACCUCCAGGAAUUGUUAAAUGAUUCAUGAAGGUACGUAAUGUAUCAUACCAGCAUUUUCAGCCAAACUCUGUUACUUUUUUUUGUUCUUCUAUAACGUUUAUAUUGGCAAAAAGUAAUAAUUCUUUCAUAAAAAAAAAAAAAAACUUAUUUGUUCAAAAAACACAUCCAUUUUCGAAAUUUUGAAAGUACAGCCACCGAUGUUAGGUGUAACCAUGUACGUUGUUUCUCCGUUGUUGUAUAUAGAGACUAUCUGGGAUA